AGAAAGAAGCUGUACCUUCUCCAGAUAACGAUCACUCGUCGUACUACUCGCUUUACAAAUGAAAGUGACGUCUGUUGAUGUGAAGAAGAGGAGCGAACCUGCCCCGGUUCACCGCCUAUCACCUAAACUUCAGUACUUCAACAUAUCCGCUGCUUCUUGUAUUAUCGCCGAAAUGAAUCAUGACGAUCAUUCCGCCAAGCACGAAAGUGCCGCCGCCACUGCGAAUGCGCUAUCCUCAGAGGGUGUGUGUGCUAUUUGCGGCGAUAAAGCAACCGGUAAACAUUACGGCGCUGUCAGCUGUGAUGGAUGCAAAGGCUUCUUUCGUCGAACAGUGCGGAAACGCCAUGCUUACACCUGCCGUUUCAGUCGCAAAUGUGUAGUUGAUAAAGCACAACGAAACACAUGCCGUAGUUGUCGAUUUGAUGAAUGCAUGCGUCGUGGGAUGAAGAAGGAAGCUGUACAAAUUGAACGAGACCGGAUACGUCCAACUAGCACAAGUGCCGUUCCGGAUGACCCAUUAUUGGACGCUUUGUUGUCGGCAGAGGCUACAGUGCGUCAACUUCGUUCAUCGGUUAUCACCAGGACUGUAGAUGCCCGAAGGCAAGCGACUGCUGGAGAUGUCACAGAUAGCAUGAACCAGCAACUCACCCUAAUGGUGGAAUGGGCAAAGCACCUCAACGAGUUUCAACGACUUCCACUCAGUGCACAAGUAGCUUUACUGAGGCAUUUCUCAGCCCAGCACCUCGUGAUGUGCGCGGCUUUCCGUAGUAUCCACUUAAACGAUGUAAUCUAUCUAACAAAUGAGACUUGCCUCCCUAGAGAACCUCCGCUCGGAGUGCCAGAUGUAAACCGAGUUGCAGCUAGGAUUGUUGAUCAUCUCACAACGCCCAUGAGGAGACUGCAAAUGAACGAAGUCGAAUACGUUGCAUUGAAAGCGAUUGCUUUAUUUGAUCCAUUGGCAAAAGGAGCGGAAGAUUCGUUCAAUGAUAUCGAUGAAACACGACAAAAGGUUCUCGAGUCAUUUGAACGUCAUGUGCGGCAUAUCUCACCUCUUCGUGACACGCCUCGUCGCUUCUCCAAUUUAUUACUACUUCUUCCACCAAUGUUAGCUAUAGCUCGAGAUCUUAUCGAAGAUGUUCAAUUGGCAAAGCUGUUCGGUCUAGCUUCUAUCGAUAGGCUAAUGCAAGAGUUACUUCUACCUCCGGAUAGUACUUCGCAAGCAGACAAGACAUCUUAAACUAACCGUAUGCAACGUAUGUUUAUAUAUGUGACUAGGAAGGGGAUGAAUACUGCUAGUAGUCUCUGACUUACCACAGUGCAAAUAGCUGUAAUGUAAUCGCAGUUUGUAUACGAAAUCGGCAGUAUUAUUUCCCUAAUCUAUCUGAUUCUUGCAAAAGCAUUGUGAUUCACAGUGUAAAUAACCGGGUACCAUUCAAUUAUUGUGAUCACGCGAUAAAUAAACCUAUACAAGCACCCAAAGACUGCUCAAAAAAGCUGGAC